CCUACUUCGGCGAGUGCCAUUGACCCUCCUCAACACCCCGUCAGAAGACAAUUCACAGCUCAAUCUCCUGCUUCGUGUGCUUGCAGCAUGGAGCUGGUAACAAUGAGCCGGUGCGUGGCUCGCAAAGCUACGAGGAAAGUCUCUUCGGCUCGCUUCUACAGCAUUGUGCAUGAUGUCCCUCGAGCCGCUGCCAGUCUCAACCAAACUCCUCCCCCACCACAACCUCAAGGCCAGUCGGUGUUCGAGCAAGCUAUCAAUGCCUCCGGUGCACGCAAUAACUGGACCAAAGAAGAGAUCUCUCAGAUUCACCAGACUCCUCUGAUGGAACUGGCCUUCGCCGCAGGCACUGUACACCGUCGAUUCCACAAGCCCUCGGCCGUCCAACUAUGUACCCUCAUGAAUAUAAAGACCGGUGGGUGCACAGAAGACUGCUCAUACUGCGCUCAGUCAUCCCGCUACAAGACGAACCUCCAAGCCACCAAACUCUCCAACGUGGACUCCGUCAUUGAGGCCGCGAAAAUUGCCAAAGCGAAUGGUUCCAACAGGUUCUGUAUGGGUGCUGCGUGGCGCGACAUGCGUGGCCGGACGCGAGGCAUGAAGAAUAUCGUGGAAAUGGUCAAAGGUGUCCGUUCUCUAGGUAUGGAAGCGUGCGUAACUCUGGGCAUGCUGGACAAGCAACAAGCUCGGGAAUUGAAAGAGGCUGGGUUAACAGCAUACAACCAUAACCUGGACACCUCGCGGGAACAUUACCCUAACGUGAUUACCACACGUUCCUACGACGAACGAUUACAAACGCUGGAGAACGUGCGGGAAGCGGGCAUACACGUCUGCAGUGGUGGCAUUCUCGGUCUAGGAGAGACGCCUGCAACCGACCACGUUGGAUUGAUCCACACCCUCGCCACUCUGCCAGAACACCCUGAAUCUUUCCCGGUGAACAAACUGGUCCCCAUCAAAGGAACGCCGAUGUUCGGCCAAGAACCAGUUAAGCUGGAAGACAUGGUCCGUUGCAUCGCCACCGCUCGUCUGGUCAUGCCGCGAACAAUCAUUCGUAUUGCAGCCGGAAGGGUCAGUAUGCCCGAGAGCGAGCAAAUGCUGUGUUUCAUGGCGGGUGCAAACGCCAUUUUCACGGGCGAAAAGAUGUUGACGACAGAUUGCAAUGGGUGGGAGCAGGAUAAGGACAUGUUUGAGCGGUGGGGAUUGUCGCCAAUGCAGACCGAGGCCAGUAAACUAGUCGAGGUCGAGGAGAAGCCCAAAUUCGAGGCAAGCAGUUUCGUGCAUUUGAAGGGCGGAAGCGCGGCGGCUGAGAAGGGAGUUGGGGCGUGAAUAGACAAAACUGAUAUAGAAUAGACUGUGCAUAUAUGGGAAUAGCAUAAAAGCCUGCCUCCCAAGGACCCAAGCACAGUUUAUGAUCAGUGGAAUCGCUUUCGGCAGCUCUACCAGCACGGUCCUUCAAUCGAUGUCUUGUACACAACUUUAUUUAA